AUGGCCACACCCUGGCUUGAAGCCUUCCCUCGGACCGCAAAACCCAUCCUCGAGGAGAUCGAUGCCACGCUCAAUGUGCCCCUCACUAAGAUCAUAGAAGGCGGCACCAACGCUCAGCUGAAUCUUACCCAGAACUCGCAGCCCGCCAUCAUGGCCACCUCAAUCCUGAUCCUGCGCAUUCUGGAACAAGAAUUCGGCUUCAAAACUAGUGAAAGGGUAGACAUCACAUUGGGCCACUCGCUCGGCGAGUUUGCGGCCCUGGUAGCAGGCGGAUAUCUCACAUUCCAUGAUGCGCUGCGCAUGGUGCGGAAACGCGCAGAGGUCAUGUUACGCUGUACUCAAGAGGCAGUCGAACAAGAAGGCGGCGAGUUCGGUAUGAUCGCGCUGGUAUGCGAAUCGGAAGCGCACAUGAAAGCACUGGUCGCCGGUCUCCGCGAGUUCCUCGAACUAUCGUCGCCGAACUACAAAAACGAUUCCAAAGAUAUCCCGGCCGUUGAACAGGUCCUCAUCGCGAACAUUAAUAGCAAGAACCAGAUUGUACUGAGCGGAAGCAUUGAGAGGAUGCAGACGCUGUUGACAAACUUGCGGCAGUUCGGCGGCCAUGACCCUAGGGCAGUGCGAUUGAAGAGCGAUUCGCCAUUCCACAGCCCGUUGAUGAAGCCGGCGCAAGAAACAAUGAAGAGGAUACUGUACAAGGAGAGGCCGGACGGGAGCGAUAUCGUAACGUGGCCCGGAAUCAUGCCUUGCAUUUCGAAUGUGUCCGGAAGGCCGUUCCAGAACAAGGAUCAGCUCAAGGAUCUGUUGGCAAGAAGCUGCGUUGAGACGGUGCAGUGGUGGCGAUCGAUCAAGUUUUUGCACGAGGACGAGAAAGUGAAGCGGUGGAUCGGCAUUGGACCUGGCAAGGUCGGAAGAAAUCUGGUUGGAAAAGAAGUUGGUAUGAAAGGCGCCGUUAAGGGCGGCGGUGUGUGGGGUAUCACGAGCCCUCAAGACAUAGAGGAAAUUGUAAGAGCACUGGACGACACGGAAAUAUGCGAAGAAGAGUGA